ACACAGCAUAAUAACAGUAUUAUUGAUGUCUUCCCAUAAAACAGAGUCCAUACCUAUAAAGGAAAACACAGUCAGAGAUAUAAUGGAAUUAAUAUACGCUAAAAAUUUCAAUUGCAUUCUCCUAUGGAUUUCACUUUUGGUUAUUAUUAUUAGUACGACAACUGCACUGACGGCAGACCACGAAGCAGACGAUAACAGUCUAAACACUAAUCUAAAUGAAGAUGAAGAGCCAGAGUUUGAUAAUUCAAAUGCACAACAAUUUUACAGUUUAAGGCUUAACCCUAAAUACUACGGAACUCUUCAACACUUACUGAAUAAAAGAAUAAAAGGCAGUGAAUUCCUCGGCAAACGAAUGGGUUCCGAGUUUUUAGGCAAAAGAGCCGACGGUUUCUAUAAGGUUAAGAAGAUGGGCUCCGAGUUCUUGGGCCGCAGGAGGAGGAGUGUCCCCACUGUCUAAAGCAUUGUUGUCUAAACAUUGUCUGAUAUUAAGUUCUUAUAAAUGUAUUUCUCUUAUAUAAACGUAAGUUAAUCUAAAAAUUA